AUGAUGCGUGAGCCGGUUCGGUUACCCGCCCCGUUCUUCCGCUUUCCAUCGCCCCGCCCCGUUCUCCCGCUUUCCAUCGCCCCGCCCCAUUCUCCCGCUUUCCAUCAGCCCGCCCCAUUCUCCCGCUUUCCAUCGCCCCGCCCCGUUCUCCCGCUUUCCAUCGCCCCGCCCCAUUCUCCCGCUUUCCAUCAGCCCGCCCCGUUCUUCCGCUUUCCAUCGCCCCGCCCCGUUCUCCCGCUUUCCAUCGCCCCGCCCCAUUCUCCCGCUUUCCAUCAGCCCGCCCCGUUCUUCCGCUUUCCAUCGCCCCGCCCCGUUCUCCCGCUUUCCAUCGCCCCGCCCCAUUCUCCCGCUUUCCAUCAGCCCGCCCCGUUCUUCCGCUUUCCAUCACCCCGCCCCGUUCUCCCGCUUUCCAUCGCCCCGCCCCAUUCUCCCGCUUUCCAUCGCCCCGCCCCGUUCUUCCGCUUUCCAUCACCCCGCCCCGUUCUCCCGCUUUCCAUCGCCCCGUCCCGUUCUCCCGCUUUCCAUCGCCCCGCCCCGUUCUCCCGCUUUCCAUCAGCCCGCCCCAUUCUCCCUCUUUCCAUCGCCCCGUCCCGUUCUCCCGCUUUCCAUCGCCCCGCCCCAUUCUCCCUCUUUCCAUCGCAUCGCCCCAUUCUCCCUCUUUCCAUCGCCCUGCCCCAUUCUCCCUCUUUCCAUCACCCCGCCCCAUUCUCCCUCUUUCCAUCGCAUCGCCCCAUUCUCCCGCUUUCCAUCACCCCGCCCCAUUCUCCCGCUUUCCAUCACCCCGCCCCAUUCUCCCGCUUUCCAUCACCCCGCCCCAUUCUCCCGCUUUCCAUCACCCCGCCCCAUUCUCCCGCUUUCCAUCACCCCGCCCCAUUCUCCCGCUUUCCAUCACCCCGCCCCAUUCUCCCUCUUUCCAUCACCCCGCCCAAUUCUCCCGCUUUCCAUCGCCCCGCCCCAUUCUCCCUCUUUCCACCACCCCGCCCCAUUCUCCCGCUUUCCAUCACCCCGCCCCAUUCUCCCUCUUUCCAUCACCCCGCCCCAUACUCCCUCUUUCCAUCACCCCGCCCUAUUCACCCCGCCCUAUUCUCCCUCUUUCCAUCACCUCGCCCCAUUCUCCCUCUUUCCAUCACCCCGCCCCGUUCUCCCUCUUUCCAUCAUCCCACCACGUUCUCCCGCUUUCCAUCACCCCGCCCUGUUCUCCCGCUUUCCAUCAUCCCGCACCGUUCUCCCGCUUCCAUCACCUCGCCCCGUUCUCCCGCUUUCCAUCACCCCGCCCCGUUCUCCCGCUUUCCAUCACCCCGCCCCAUUCUCCCUCUUUCCAUCACCCCGCCCAUUCUCCCGCUUUCCAUCACCCCGCUCCAUUCUCCCUCUUUCCAUCGCCCCGCCCCAUUCUCCCUCUUUCCAUCACCCAGCCCCAUUCUCCCUCUUUCCAUCACCCCGCCCCAUUCUCCCUCUUUCCAUCACCCCGCCCCAUUCUCCCGCUUUCCAUCAACCGGCCCCAUUCUCCCGCUUUCCAUCACCCCGCCCCAUUCUCCCGCUUUCCAUCACCCCGCCCCGUUCUCCCUCCUUCCAUCACCCCGCCCCAUUCUCCCGCUUUCCAUCGCCUCGCCCCUGUCUCCCGCUUUCCAUCACCCCGCCCCAUUCUCCCGCUUUCCAUCACCCCACCCCAUUCUCCCUCAUUCCAUCGCCCCGCCCCAUUCUCCCUCACCAAAACGAGACAUUGGCGGCGAUGACCAAAAGGGGGUCUCGCAGGAAAACACGGCACAAGAAGUGACAUGGGAGCAAGGCGCGGAAGAGGAUGAGGAGAACCAAGGGCUGCAGGUCGAGGAGGCCGAUGAAGGAGAUGUCGGCAACGAUCACACAGCGGGGAUGGGUGAGGCUGAGCCUGUGCAGGCAAACGAGGACGCGGGAGCAAGCCAGGCGGCAGCCGAGGAACCGAGGGCCGCGCUGCGGGAAUCUCACGGUCGAGACGUCAGCUGUGGGGGAGAGCAGCGCGCGGAGGGCUCACUUCGCCAGGAGCAAGUGACACCAGACAAGGGCGUUCGAGACGCACUGGCGCGAAGACAGCUUGGCAAAGGGAAGGUGGACCGGUCGCGCACGCCGGACAAGGAUCAACACCACGAAGAAUGGCGCGUAGGCGACUUCCGCCCGUAUGAUAGGCAACACGAGCAGGGAGGCUGGAGCGGCGGCAGCAUGCGUUCGCCGGAGCAGAGGCAGGCGCGCGGCGGCAGAUGGAAUGAUUAG